AUGGGGCCGCUAGGCCUCUCGCGCGCCGGGCUGUGGCUGAGUCGAGCCAUGAGCCGCUGCGUUUUGGAACCCCGGCCGGCGGGGAAGCGGUGGCUGGUGGCAGGCCUGGGAAAUCCUGGACUGCCUGGCACGCGGCACAGCGUGGGCAUGGCGGUGCUGGGGCAGCUGGCGCGGCGGCUGGGGGUGGCGGAGAGCUGGGCACGCGACCGGCGCUGUGCCGCGGACCUCGCCCUGGCCUCACUCGGAGAUGCCCAGCUGGUCCUGCUCCGGCCACGGAGGCUCAUGAACCUCAACGGGCACAGUGUGGCCCAGGCGGCGGAGCUGUUCGGACUGACUGCUGAGGAAGUUUACCUGGUACACGAUGAGCUGGACAAGCCGCUGGGGAAAGUGGCUCUGAAGUUGGGAGGAAGCGCCAGGGGCCACAAUGGAGUCCGUUCCUGUAUGAGCUGCCUCAACUCCAGUGCAAUGCCACGGCUGCGGGUGGGCAUCGGGCGGCCGACCCACCAGGAUGCAGUGCAGGCCUACGUUCUGGGCCGCUUCUCCCCUGCUGAGCAGGAGCUGCUGCCUCCAGUGCUGGAGCGUGCCACGGACCUGCUCCUGGACCACAUCCGCCAGCGGAGCCAGGGGUCUUCGUCAAGCCCCUGA